GUUUCACCGCUUACCAAAUCCACUGCGCACGCCUUGGUCUGAAUGGAUUGCUCCACCUUGAAAUGCAGAGCGCCACCCAGCCGCAGUACCGCUCAUUUGGUGCAGGGCAGCAGGGCCGUUGGCGGCUGGAGUUUGAUUCGGGAGAGGCCUUCCAGCCUGACCUGCCGAUUUGUCACCUUGUCACCUUGUACUCCGGCCCCUACAAGUUCCGAAACCCGCUUCCACCUGCUGGGUCGUGCAACGUCAAGCUCCCUCCAGCUCCCAGCUAUAAAGGGGCCUUUGCCCACGCCAGAGCUUGGCUGGUUUUUGAUUCUUGCCAUCACCACAUCAGUCCCAGUCCUACCCAAUUACCAUUCUCGCUUUCUGCCUACUAGACUUGACUCUUGCCUAGCUACCUAGCCUCGCACACAGACACUAUGAGCAGCAACGCCAUCACCAAGGUCGCCUUGGCCGGUGCCGCGGGCAAUCUCGGCUCCGUCAUUCUCAAGCAGCUCCUCGCGGACGGCUUCAAAGUCACAGUGCUCACCCGCGAGGGUAGCACCCACACCUUUCCCGUCUCCGUCACUGUCGCACACGUCGAUUACGACUCAGUCGACUCCCUCGCCAAGGCCCUGAAGGGCCAAGACGCCGUUGUGGCGUCGGUCGGCAACGCAGCGCUGCACAAGCAGCAGGUGGCACUCGUCGAGGCGGCCGCAAAGGCGGGCGUCAAGCGCUUCAUCCCCUCCGACUUUGGGUCGAACACGGUCCACCCCAAGGCCGCCGCGCUGCCCGCCUACGCCAGCAAGGUGGCGGUGCAGAAGCUGCUCCAGGAGAAGGCGGCGGCCGACCCCAACUUCACCUACACGGUCGUCAUCAACGGGCCGUUCCUCGACUGGGGCGUGCAGGUGGGCUUCCUGAUCAACCUCAAAAAGAAGCAGGUGACGCUGUACGACGGCGGCGACCGCCACUACAGCGUCACCACGCUGGGCGGCAUCGCCAAGGGCGUCGCCGGCGUCCUCAAGAAGCCUGCCGAGACGGCCAACCGACCGGUCUACAUCCAAGAGACGACCGUCAGCCAGCGCAGGCUCUACGAGCUGGCCCAGAAGACCACGGGCGGGCCCGACGGCUGGACCGUGCAGGAAGCGAACACGGCGGACAUCCUGGCGCUGGCCGAGGCCGAGAAGGCCAAGGACCCGCACUCGUUCAAGUUCAUCAUCGUCGCAGUCUACGCCGACGGCUACGGGUCGCUGUUCGACAAGGAGAAGCUGGACAACGAGCUGCUGGGCGUCAAGGAGCUGACCGACGAGGAGGUGCAGGAGAUAGUCGACCGCGCUGCCUAGAGAGGGUGGUGGUUGAGCUGGGCCGAGCAGACUACUCGCCGAGUUGUGUCGAGGGGGCUUGGUUGGGCUGAAUAGGACGGUUUCGACUCACACGUGUAGUCACCAUGCGGAUUGCACUAGACCUAAUCAAACCAAUGGAUCAUAGAAACUUUUUCUUG